AUGGCACUUGAAAGCUUAGCGGAUCAGGUCCAAAACUUGAACCUACAAGAGGCGGAAUGUCUCCCGUUUCAUCCUACCGAGGACACGCAGCGGACUCUAGAGACACUGGACGACACACCACGCUAUCUAUUCCGAGUAUUCACUCCGCUAUCUUAUGGAGCAACCGACCAAAACUGGGCAAAGUCCAUGGAUGCCAGAAAUGCGACAACGGACUGCAAAACAGAUAUCUUCACUAGGGUCGACAAGCACAAAGUCGCACGCAUGAUCGACAGGCAUCUACGAUGGCAGGAAGGUCGAAGCGAUAACCUGGUAUCCUGGACGACCUCGUUGCUGUUUGCACUUGUGUAUGUAUUCCACCUGCGUGCCAAUACAAGAAACAGAUCGACGUUCUCCGACAUCCAGCUUUGCAUUUUGGAUACUACUUGCUUUCCUAAGAGAGUUUUUCUUCGAGACAUGGCCCUCGUCCGGGCAUAUAAACCAUUCCACUCAAAACUCGAGGAUUUUGAGGUUCUACGGUCAAAAAAACAUCAGUCUUUGUCCGGAAGUUUCUAUUUUGGAGAAUAUUUGUCGCAGGGAGCCCUCAAGAUCAAGGACAAAUGCCAAGUCGUUUCUGCUCAGGCAAUCCUUGACCAAGGCCUUUACAGCCUACUCCCAGAAUUUGAAAUUUUUGCGCAUUGGAAAGCACAACCACGACCACCCUGGGCGAACCAAGUCAUUGAACUUCGUGAGAAAAUUUAUUUCAACGUAGUAGGUUGGCAGGCGAUGAGGGAUGAUGGACUCCAGGCGGCCGUCAAUAUUAGCAAGCUCUUCGAGCAGCGUUGGAGAAUGCCCAUGGUAAUCAACCUCAUUGCGAUUUUACCGCACCAAAGCGAUGCUACCGAUAUUGUAUUGUUAUCGAGGAACUUCACAGGUAUGCCUCCUACCGUGAAGAUAAUGCUAAACUGA